UCAUCGUCAGCUGGCGACUGUAGUUGGAUUCGGAACAUCGUCCGAUGAGAGCAAUCAUAAAGUACGCAAGACAAAAUACAAAAGAAUGGAAAUAAUAGGUGUAUGUAUAGGUCUGGAAGUAGUGCUCAUGGUGUUUGUUACCACACAAUGGAUGUCUCAGGAGCAGCAUUGUGAUUUUCACGACAGACUAGUUGACUAGUUCAUUUCCGCGAAGUUUCCAGGAAGAGAUAAGCUUGGAUCGGAAAGUUAUCGAGUGAUUAUGUCAGACGACGACUACACAAGUGAACCAGAUUGAAGAGGUCAAAGGCAGUUAAACAGCUGUACAUGUACCACAGAGGAACACAAAUAGUGAUGUAAUUUCAAGCAUAGAAAAAUAUGGCUUUGACUAGUUUAUGUUUUGAUACAAAAAUGAAGGCGGUCUUAAGAAAGUACAGAGUGGAGCUAGUUAGUUCUCUGCAAGUGGAUGAUCUACUUGAUCAUCUAAUACGGGAUCAUGUGUUUGAAUGUGAUGACUACAUCAAGGCUGAGAAGACUCGCCAGGAUAAAGUGCGAAAACUCUUGGAGGACCUACAGAAGAGACCUGCUUCUGAUUUCUGGAAGUUUAUACAGGCAAUGAUUAGUACACAACAGAGUCACCUAGCUGAAAAACUGAUUCAAGAAUACAAACAUCUUGGAGGUGUUGUACCACUCGUGACUAGUAGUCAGCAUGAGCAUCCCCAGCAACCCACAGAGCGAGGCAGAAGAAAUGGGUCUCCUUAUCAUGAAUGGUCUGAUGGGCGAGUAGUGACUUCACCUUGUGAUGCCACAACUUCAGAUUCAGAGGACCAUAGACAAUCUAGACAACAAAAUACUAAUCGUACAGUAUACGAACAAAAGAAGGCAGAAUAUCCUUUGAAUAUUUAUAAAAUGGAAUCAACACCACGAGGUUUGGCUCUUGUCAUAGACAAUGAAAGUUUUGAUCCAGGUGUGGGAGAUCGGCAUGGCACUGUAGAAGAUGCUGAAGCACUCAGGAAUCUGCUGAUUGACCUUGACUUUGAAAUCCAAAUGAAGAGAAAUUGUUCAGCAGAAGAAAUGAGAAAUACGCUGCAAAACUUUGCACUUUCUCUCUCUGGUCGAGAGAUUGAUGCUUGUAUUGUGGCAGUGCUAUCACAUGGAAGAAGAAAUGAAGAAAUUUUAGGAACUGAUGGACAAGUUGUCACAACUUCAGAAAUGCGUCAUUAUUUUGGGAAUCAACUGUGUCCAACCAUGGCAGGCAAACCAAAGCUGUUUAUAAUACAGGCAUGCAAGGGAGAUAUGGAAGACACACUUUGUGGCCAGAGGAGACAUGUUCAAGGAGAAAGUCUUGCUGAUGUUGAAAAAGAGGUGUUUCACCAGCCAGCUGUCCCCAGACCACUGCCAGACAAUGCUGAUAUUUGCUUUUUAUAUGCAACAGUAGAAGGCUUUGUUGCAUACAGGAAUGUUUUCAUACGCAAGUUGUGUGAGGUAUUCCGUGCAAAUGCUGACAAGUUUCACGUGAAGGAAAUAGCAACAUUACUCAACAGUGAGAUGGCCAGUUUAUCCUUAGAUGGAAGAUUAACCAUGUCAGAAGACAGAGGAUCACUUACAAAAUUCUGGUAUCUCAAUCCACCAAGUUCUGUUUAAAAUGGUUGGUUAAGUAGCUUGGCAGCAAAGUGCUACUAAAGAGAUCAUUUCACAUUUUGGGGAAAGAUGGUGAGAGGAAAAAUGAGUGCCUUGGGAAAAAUAUACAGCAAACAGGUGUCACAUACAGAGCAUUUCAAGACGAGAUCUGAAUGCAGGACCUUUUUGUUCUCACUGUUAUCAUUGUCACCACCACAUUUGAAACACUGAUGGGUACCUUCUGCUUUUAUUAAGUCAGGUUCUUUGACCUGAAUCAGUUGUUUGAGAGGUAACAGAGUGAAUUUGAUGGAUGCAGCAGUUGUAUGGACUUUUCUGGCUCAGUACAAUAUCAUAGUAACCAAAUAUGCAUGAAAUUACUUUUAAAUUUUAUGUAUGACGACAGCUUUGCAGUCCUGUGUACCACAAGUAUUUCUUCUCGAUAGGAUAUUCAUAGCAUAAUUGCCUAUUUUUUCAUGGCAUUUAGCCCUUUGUCCAUAGCAACAUGAAGCACAUUUUCAUUGACAACUCUCAGUAGUUUUGAGUCCAUUGUCAUUAACAACCCAGCACACAUUUGUCAAUUACUUAAUGUAAAUAUUAAAUACACUGAACAUUUAUAUUAACAAAGUAUAUUUAUUUUUGUCAGCUUUUAUCUUCUGAACAACUUGAUUCAUCUGUUUCACAAAUGUAUUCUUUUGACUCACUAUGACACAACAGAAAUUUCCAUUCAAAAUUGUGCCUUCACCUGUUGAAAUAGAAAUGGAAGGAAAUCUAUUCUACAGGAGGUGUUAAAAACCCACCUGAAUAGUUUACAUAUUUUGCAGAUAAAGAUACAGGUAACAUAAAACUAACCUGUAAAUUUCAGCCUCUAAAACCCAUCCAUUAAAUUAAUUAUGCAAUAACAAAGUAUAUCGGUAACAGCAGACAGGUCCGCAAGUUGCCCAUGGCUCUCUUAGAGUUCAGUGAUGAGCAUAAAUACCUGUGAUAUAUGAAACAGGAUCUGUUUGUCUUGAGAAAAUGAAAUUUGCCAUUGUGACUGUGUUCAUACCUGCUCAAAACUAAAAAUAAAAAAAAGUAUUCUAAAA